ACGACAACAUUCUCGCCAACCAGAUCUCGACAUACCGAGUUAAUAUUUAACAAAAUGCCCACCAAUACCAACAUCACUGCGUACAGCGAGGGCACGCCUAAUGGGCUGAAAGUUCACAUUGCCCUGGAAGAGCUCGGGCUCGAGUACAAGCUGGUGAAGAUUGAUAUGUUCAAUAACGAGCAGAAGGAGCCGUGGUUUACUGAGAUCAACCCCAAUGGACGUAUCCCAGCCAUUACAGACAAGGCGGAUGACGGCUUGGACCUCAAGAUCUUCGAGUCGGGAGCCAUACUUGAAUACCUAGUGGCGAAGUACGACACGAACCACUCGAUGUCCUACCCCUACGGAACUAAGGAGCACUGGGAGACCAUUAGUUGGUUGAUGUGGCAGAUGGGUGGCCUUGGGCCUAUGCUCGGCCAGUCCAACUUCUUCACUCGCUCUGCACAAGGCACCCACCCAUACUCAAUCGACCGUUUUGUCAAUGAAAGCCGCCGCUUGCUUCGAGUUCUGGAUGGCCAUCUGAAGAAGAGCCAGACUGGCUUUGUGGUCGGCAACCGUCUUACAAUCGCAGAUAUUGCCAUUUGGCCGUGGGUUUCUGCAAUUCGGUACUCUGGAUUGCGCUCCAUUGAGGAGUUUCCGAAUGUCUCCAAGUGGUUCUGGGGGCUACUUGAGCGUCCAGGCUUCCAGAAGGGUGCUAACAUCCCUGGGCCCAACAAGUACCUCGCUACCAACAAGAUGACUGAUGAGGAGAUGAACAAGCUCUCUGAGCCCACUGUCAAGUGGAUUGCGGAAACUAUGAAGAGGGAUGCCGAGGCCUGA